UAUUUAGUUCUUUAGUUUUUCACAUACACAUCACUACAUAUAAUCUAUUCUCUCUCUCGUCGGUCCAUCUUGCUCGGACUAGUUUGUAGUAGUUUCGUUUGUAUUACCUUUCCUCAAUCUCAUCAGUUUCCAUCAAAAUGGAUCCUGCAAAAACAGAACAGCCUGACCCAACCGUCUGCCACCUGGUGGCUAUGCCGUAUCCCGGUCGCAGCCACAUCAACGCUAUGAUGAAUUUGUGCAAGCUUCUGGCUUCAAAAACCGCCGAUAUUCUCAUCAGCUUCGUCGUCACCGAAGAGUGGCUCGGAUUCAUCAGCUCAGAGCCAAAGCCACCGGCUCAGAUACGCUUCGCCACAGUACCCAAUUGCAUACCUUCCGAGGUGGGUCGUGGGAAAGAUUUACCGGGCUUUCUGAAAGCCGUGAAUACGAAGAUGGAAGUUCACUUUGAGGAGCUCCUGGACCGGCUUCAGCCGCCGGUGAAAGCCAUCGUGGCUGAUACUUAUGUGUAUUGGGCUAUCGGCUUGGGGAACCGAAGGAAUAUUCCGGUGGCCUCACUUUUUCCUAUGCCGGCGAUGGUGUUCUCAGUGUUGCAUCAUUUUGAACUGCUCGUGCAGAACCAGCACUUUCCGGUUGAUUUGUCUGAACGGGGUGAUGAGCUUGUGGACUACAUCCCUGGAGUUUCUACUAUCCGUAUUGCUGAUCUUCCCAACUUUACGUAUGGAGAUGGUCGACUAGCCUUGCCUGGAGUCCUGGAAGGUAUUUCAAACGUGUCCAAGAAAGCGCAGUAUCUUCUAUUCACCACCUUUCACGAACUUGAAGCUGCAGCCAUUGACGCUAUAAAAGCCAACUUACCUAUCCCUGUCUACCCUAUUGGUCCUGUCAUACCUUACUUAGAACUUGAAGAAAAGAAAGCUUCUAUAACUAAUUCUAACAAUGGUGUCAACUAUCUCCAGUGGCUUGAUUCUCAACCUCCAUGUUCGGUGUUGUACAUCUCAAUGGGAAGUUUCCUUUCCGUUUCAAACGCCCAAAUGGAUGAAAUUAUUGGUGGUAUAGCGGACAGUGGUGUUCGGUGCUUGUGGGUGUCACGUGGGGAAACUGGUCGGUUCAAAAAUUAUAAUGGUGAUAUGAGCCUAGUGGUGCCUUGGUGUGACCAAUUGAAGGUGUUGUGCCACUCUUCAAUAGGAGCGUUUUGGACACAUUGUGGCUGGAAUUCCACUCUUGAGGCUGUUUUUGCUGGUGUACCAAUGCUUACUUUUCCUAUAUAUGGGGAUCAAGUCCCAAUCACUAAACACAUCGUGGAGGAUUGGAAGAUUGGGUGGAAGGUUAAGAAAGAUGUUGGAGUUGUGACUAGAGGUGAAAUUUCAGAGCUUGUGAAAAGGUUUAUGGAUAACAAAAGCGAUGAGAUGAUUGCGAUGAGGCAAAGAGCAAAAGAACUUCAGAAGUCAAGUCGACGAGCAAUUGCAAAAGGUGGGUCAUCUGAUGCAAAUCUUGAUGCUUUUAUUAGAAAUAUUUCAGAAGGCCACGGUCAUUAAGCAAAUUCUAUUGUAUUGUGUUCAUUAAUUAGUUGAUUUGUAGGAGUUGAAUGUAAUUUCAUUUAAGAUCGUGCAGUUUCAGACA